AUGGCGACGGUGGCUGUUAAAAAUGCUAACAAAGUAAAACCACUUUCAAAAUCUAAAACCAAGCAAGGCAAAAAACCACUUAGCAGGAGCAUCCUGAAAUUUGCUGUAGAAAAAGGACAACCGGAAAUAGCACGCGUGAAACUUUUAUUAUGCAAUAAUAGUAAUCGUCAAAUGCAAUGGAUAUUAAAAUGCACUGAUUCUGCUAUUACAGUUAAGCCAAUGAUGUCUGGUAGUAUUGAAAAACUUGGAAGGAAUGAAGUGGAUUUAAUGUGGCAACGGCCCAAAGCUGUAAAACAAUGGACAGAUGCGCCUCAGCCAAAAAUGCAACUUUUCAUGAAAUUAUUCGCCACUGAAUCUGGCAAAGAAGUUGCUGAUGCAUUUACAAAAUUUAAAGCAAUGAUAAAUCCGGAAGCUGAAUGUACCAUAAAUGAUUUGCCUAUUCAUGAAAUGAUAGUUAAGUCGGAAGGAACAACCGAACAAUUAGCAACUCAUAAAAGCGAUUCCAAAAGUGGCAUUGAUAGCGUAACAAAUCGUCCAGAAAAUUUUCUCGAUGAUCCGGAAACGCUUUUUUGGCUUAUUGUAUGCUUGUGCUGCUUUAUUGCAGCUGUCAUUUUGCAAUCUCUGAUCGCUGGCGGUGAUGACCGGAAAUCUCGCAGAUAA